AUGUUUCCAGAAAUCGCAGCAGUCUCCGGACUGGCUCUCCUCUACCUCUACCACGUGAAUCGUGGUAUGAAGAGCAUCCCAGAUGAAGUCCUUCGCAUAACUCCUCAUCGUUGGACCCCCGAGGAAAUCAAAGCCGCGUACGAAGAAGCCAUUCGAAACCCCAUCGAUGUGCGGAAAAGCCUCCCCCCGAAGCAGAAUCGGCGGUAUAUCGUAGUUGGCGGCUCAGGCCUCGUGGGAAGUUGGAUGGCGAGACAUCUGCUCAUGCGCGGCGAAGACCCCUCCGCCAUUCGCAUCCUGGACCUCGCAGUCCCUCCUCGCGACCUCCUCGACCAGGGCGUGACCUUCGUCCAAACCAACAUCACCGACGAGCAGGCCACCAUCGACGCCUUUGUCCAACCCUGGCCUGAAACCGUCGCCCAUCACCCCCUGACCGUCUUCCACAACGCCGCCGUGAUCCGCCCCGGAGAGCGUCACCAAGCCUUCCUCCCCCUCUGCCGCAACGUCAACGUCACCGGCACCGUGCAUGUCCUCCACGCCGCAAAGCAAUCCGGCGCCAGCUGCUUCAUCUCGACCUCCUCCGGCUCCAUCUGCAUCCACAGCCCUUCCUUCUGGGUCGCGCCCUGGCACAAAACCCCCAAGAACUUCGUCCAAGUCGUCACCGAGACCUCCCCGCUCCCCCAAGCCCACGCCGACUUCUUCAGCAACUACGCCGUCACCAAAGCCGAAGCCGAACGCAUCGUCCGCGCCGCCGACGAUCCCACCACCAACUUCCGCACCGGCUGCAUCCGCCCCGCCAACGGCAUCUACGGCAUCGGCGACACCGACGGCUCUCUCACCGGCUCAUAUCUCCGCAACGGGGGCAGUCCAAGCUGGCUCCCCAACAUCGUCCACAAUUUCGUCAGCGCGGAAAACGUCUCCAUCGCUCAUCUCGCCUACGAACGCUGUCUCAUCAACCUCUCCAAUACCUCCCCCUCCCCAUCCUCUCAAUCCCCCCUCCCAGACAUCGGCGGCCAAGCCUUCCUGAUCACCGACCCCAACCCACCCCUCACCUACCAAGACAUCUACCUCCUACUCCACACCUUAUCCAAAACCCCCACCAACUUCCCCCCUGCCCCCGCCAUCCCAUUCCUGCUCCUGUCCUACCUCAUCGAAUGGUACGCCCUGCUGCAGUAUGUAUAUUGUUCCUGGCUGCCUCGGAUCACGGGCAAUCUGGCCAAGUUGCAGCCGGGAUUGUUCGGUAUCAUCUGUGUGCAUUUUGUGGCGGAUGAUCGGAGGGCUCGGUUGGCGCCGGAACAGGGUGGGUUGGGGUAUCAGCCGCCGAUUACGACGUUGUAUGGGAUGUGUAAGGAUGUGGAGGCGUGGAAUGGGCGAGCUGAUGCCAAGGGGGUGGUGGAGGAGAAGGGAGUGGUGGAUGGGAUGGUGGUGGUGGCGAGGGAGAAGGCCUAG